ACUAAAAAAGUCUGGUAAAGUUUUUGUCCUUUGGCAAGAACUGAAAUAAUUGUCUCAACUUACACAAGAUUACCACAAUAAUGUAAGUGAUACCAAAAUCUGCAAAGAAAAUUUAAGAGGUAAAAGACAAUUUAUCCAGCUGUAAUCUUCAGUUUAUGUUUGCUCAUAAUAAGAAAAGCGUAGUGUUUAAUUAGAGAGAGAAAGAGAGAGAGUGAAAGAUACUGCUCACCUUCUGAAGUUGCUGUGGUUCUAAUUUAUAACAUGAUUUUUAAGAAAAAAUAUUUUUCGUCUCUACAAAAAAAACGUCAUAAUUAUCUGCCCACUUGACCACUAUAGCCUUGGGUGGCUAUAAGCACUUUUUGUAUAUUUGUUUCUUGUUUGCAUUUGAAGUGUAUAAAGUAAAAGGAGAUACCAAAAAGGUCUUCUUUUGAACUAUGAUUUGUUGCAUUUUUUAAUUCAAUAUUUAUGUAGAAUUUGAAAGAGAAAUUAUAUAUUUGUGAAUUUUGGAUCAGAAAGGUCUUGAUCUGAGUCUUAGAGGGGUGAAAUCUUGAUUUUUUUGAUUCUGGAUCCUGUCAAGAAUAUCUGUUGAUGAAACUUUCAGUAGAAAAAUGGACCAAACAAUUGAAAGGUCUUCAAAUGCACAAAGGGGUUUCCGAGUUCAAGCUCCACUGGUUGAUUCUGUGUCAUGCUAUUGCAAUGUUGAUUCGGGGUUAAAAACAGUUGCCGGUGCAAGAAAAUUUGUCCCAGGAUCAAAACUUUGCAUCCAGUCAGACAUCAGUUCUCAUGCACACAAGACAAAAAAUUCUCGUAGAGAGAGGUCAAGAGUGCAGCCACCUCUUCUACCUGGCCUGCCUGAUGAUCUUGCAAUUGCUUGUCUCGUGCGUGUUCCUCGUGCUGAACAUAGCAAGCUCCGUCUAGUUUGCAAAAGGUGGUAUCGGCUUCUUGCUGGUAACUUCUUUUACUCUCAAAGGAAGAGUCUUGGAAUGGCUGAAGAGUGGGUAUACGUUAUAAAAAGAGAUCGUGAUGGACGGAUUUCAUGGCAUGCAUUUGACCCAACUUACCAACUUUGGCAGCCACUUCCACCCAUUCCAGGGGAUUAUAGUGAAGCCCUUGGAUUUGGUUGUGCUGUUCUUAGCGGUUGCCAUCUUUAUUUGAUUGGAGGAAAAGAUCCAAUCAGGGGGUCUAUGCGACGGGUAAUCUUUUAUAAUGCUCGAACAAAUAAAUGGCACAGGGCACCAGACAUGCUCCGCAAACGCCAUUUUUUUGGUUCUUGUGUAAUUAAUAAUUGUCUUUAUGUUGCUGGUGGAGAAUGUGAAGGAAUACAAAGGACUCUCCGUUCAGCUGAAGUUUAUGACCCCAACCGGAAGCGCUGGAGUUUUAUAGCUGAUAUGAGCACAGCGAUGGUGCCCUUUAUUGGGGUUGUAUAUGAUGGGAAGUGGUUCAUAAAAGGGUUGGGAUCCCGCAGAGAAGUUCUCAGUGAAGCUUAUAACCCUGAUAUCAAUGCGUGGAGCCCAGUCAACAACAGGAUGGUUGCUGGUUGGCGCAACCCGAGCAUCUCGAUGGAUGGUCGUCUAUAUGCUUUGGACUGUCCUGAUGGGUGUAAAAUUAGAGUAUAUGAUGAAUCUAUGAAUUCAUGGAUCAGGUUUAUUGAUAGCAAGCUCCACCUUGGAAGCUCUCGUGCUUUGGAGGCUGCCGCUCUGGUUCCACUUAAUGGUAAACUUUGUAUAAUUCGUAACAACAUGAGCAUCAGCAUAGUUGAUGUGAAAAAUCCUGAUAAGCGAGUGGAAACUAACCCGCAUCUUUGGGAGAACAUUGCUGGUAAAGGUCACUUCAGAACUUUGUUCACAAAUUUAUGGUCAAGCAUCGCAGGACGAGCAGGGUUGAAGAGUCAUAUUGUGCACUGUCAGGUCUUACAAGCUUGAGCAUUGGAUCUUAGCCACUUAUCGUUGAUGAGAAACCGAGAGUUACUUCAACUUCUCUCAUCUCAAGAACAAGAUUUUCCGGAGAAGCACUUUUGACAUCAUCGACAUGCUCCUGUGUUGGUUAUGAAGCAAACAAUUUCUGUUCUUUUACAAUUCCCAAUGUCCUUCGGCAGCACCCCGAAUACAGUACCCUUUCUGAGGCGGCCUCUUAGCUUCUUUCUUUACUAUCAGUCCAGGCCAGUAGCUGCUCAUGGCUUUCCGACAGCUAGAGCACCAACAGAUGGAGCGAAGAGUCUAUAAGGAAAAGAGCUGAGGCUUGUCGUAAAUAAAAGUUGUAUGCGAUAAGUUUGAGUAUUAUAUCUUAUUCGUGAGAAUUUCUUCUCUCCAGUCCUCUGCAGCUAGUGCGUGGCUUCAAGUGCUUGUGGAUGGAUGUCUUCUGGAAUUGUUCGGAUUGGCUCACAGUAGCCUCGAAAGAGAAGGGGGUUGCGAUUCUUCAUUAAUGGCUCGUGCAUGAAUUUCUAUGGUAAUUUCGUACUUUGCCAUGCAUCAAUCAGAGCUAUCUUCUUGAUAAUUUUGGCUGUAAAAAUGUGCUAUUCAUAAACAUUCACAAAGAAAUCAGACAGCUAUAUGUUUGUACAUCCUUUUGGUCUGUAGUCUUGUACCGAUAGCUUCUAGUCUUAGAUACCCUUUUGUGAAUAUAGUUUGGUCAUUGAUCAUGAAAUAUAGCUGGAACCUUUGCUUCUUA